AUGAGUAUACCCUGGAGUAAGACCAGUAAAGAGGACUUCCAUUUAGAGAGGGCUAAGGUUAUACUUGAUGAGGAUCAUUAUGGACUCAAGGACAUUAAGGACAGGAUACUGGAGUUUAUAGGAGUCUCAAGAUUGAAAGGAUCAGUUCAAGGAAAGAUACUCUGCUUUGUAGGACAACCUGGUGUUGGUAUAGCUCGUUCAGUUGCCCGGGCAUUAAAUAGAGAAGGAAGACCACACAAUAAACUAAUACAACAAUCAAUGUUCAGUGUAGGAGGUAUGACUGAUGUGGCUGACAUAAAGGGACACAGGGAGACAGAUGUUGGAGCAAUGCCUGGUAAAGUGAUACAGAGUUUGAAGAAAGGUGAUCCAGCCAGUGCUUUGUUAGAGUUGUUGGAUCCAGAGCAGAAUUCUUUCUUUUUGGAUCAUUAUCUUGAUGUUCCUGUGGAUCUCUCACGUGUUCUGUUCAUUAGUACAGCCAAUACAACUGACAUUGUCUCUGGUUAUAUAUCAGAAGAGAAGGAAGCCGUUGCACAUAAUAACCUGAUACCUCAGGCUCGUUCUUUCUCUGGUUUGGAGGAGGGGCAGGUCCUUAUAGAAACUGAUGCUCUCAAGUUCCUCAUCAAGUGGUACUGCAGGGAGAGUGGAGUGAGGAAUCUACUGCAACACAUUGAGAAGAUAUUACAUAAAGCUGCUUUUAAAGUCUUAUCACAGACACAGACUAAAGAUGAUGAAGCUGAAGCUGAAGGAGAUAAAAAGAAAGAAGAAACAAAAGAAGAAGAGAAACCUUCUCCCCCUCCUGUUCCUCCUGUCACUGUCUCUUCCUCCAAUUUAAAAGAUUUUGUCGGUCAUCCUCUGUUUAUUUCUGAUCGCUUCUAUGAGACCACACCCCCUGGAGUGGUUAUGGGUCUGGCUUGGACGUCAAUGGGAGGUACUACUCUUUAUGUGGAGACAGGCAUGGCUGAGGGGCAGGGCCUGUCAAAGGAGGGGAGAAGAGAGGGGGGUAUGACUACCACUGGACAGUUAGGAGAUGUAAUGAAGGAGUCCACUGUUAUUGCUUAUACUUUUGCUAAGGGUACUACCCCAAAGGACGGUCCCUCUGCAGGUGUCACUAUAGCCUCUGCCCUCCUCUCACUGGCUAUGGAUCGUCCAAUACAUCAGAAUGUUGCCAUGACUGGUGAACUGUCACUCACUGGAAAGUCAUUGGCUCAGAUCAUUGAGGCUGGUAAAAGAGUUAUAGAUGAUCCUAUGCAUCUUGCUGAUUUUGGAGCUGCACUGACCAGUGGAGAAUCACAUCAAAUUCAAGCAGCUCUUGAAUAUCCAGAUGUAAUCACUUCAAGUCCACUGUGGCAGGAGAACUGGAAUAAAAUUGUUGACUUAUUUAAUUUUGAUUUUAUGAAUAAUUACAUUAAAUAUUUCAAAUAG